GGCGCACGCCGGGGCAGGCGGGGUGCUGACCCCCGGCCUUAGGUCGAGCCCCGCUGGAGCCAGGCGCCGCGCUGCGCUUUUCGAGUGUUUGAUUGCUGCACCCCCGCAAGGAGCCCGCAAGGCGCUGUACUCUCCCCAGUUAACGGCUGAGGUCACCCGGGCUGGGGAGCAGCAGAGUGGCUGAGCUGGACUCCAGCUCCGUUCCCAACUCUAACCACUGGACGGGAUGGUGGUGACCGUUCUGGCCCCUGACCCCUAUCCUCGUAGGCCUGGCUGAGGACAGUGUUAAGCUCUUUGGGGAGGGGGUUACUAGCACAAGACUUCUUCGGCUUCAAUUUCCCCCACGGCCUAGCCACCAUCCGGGGGACCCCCGGCGCCGCGCCAGCUCUGCAAGAUGGGAAUUUCGCGACGCUCCCUGCCUGCGCUCCGGGGAGGGUGGGGGGUGAGUUCUGCAAGGGGCUGUCGUGCAAGUGCGGGCGCCAGCCCGGGUGUCUACGGCGAGCUUCACCUGGGCGCGGAGCUUCCGGAGGCCGCGCGGCGCGGGACGGACGGGGCAACCUCGCAAACUCACCCCCGCUCCCUGGCUCGGGCCAGUUCCGCCGCCUGCCCACGGGUGGGCGCGCACUCCUCUCCGCUCCCCGUGACACUUUGCAGACGCUCCCCGGCGCCGGGCAUGGGCGCCGCAACCGCCGGUCCCAGGGCUGGAUUCCGCGCGCGGGUGGGUGAUCGCGGGGAACCCUAGGCCUUCGGACCGCAGGCACCGAGGGCAGGGGAUGGUGGCCGAGUGCGCACCCUUGUGGGGGUCCCCCCCGCCCCAGGACUGACUCCGACUGUGGCCGCCGUUUCUGCCCGGUGCCCCCAAGGCGGCCCGGGCCUUCUGCAAGAAGCCAGCCAUGAGCGACAGAGGCAGCCGCCGGCGCACAAUGAAGAAGGACGACGAGGCCUUCGAGAUCUCCAUCCCCUUCGAGGAGGCGCCGCACCUAGACUCGCAGAUCUUUUACAGCCUGAGCCCCUCGCGAGGAAGCUUCGAGGAACCCCCGGAGGCAGCGUCCCCCACGCUGGCCCUGAUGCACCGGGUGAAGGCCCAGCUGCACAUGGCCCUGGAGCGGAACUCCUGGCUGCAGAAGCGCAUCGAGGACCUGGAGGAGGAGAGGGAUUUCCUUCGGUGUCAGCUGGACAAGUUCAUUUCCUCGGCCCGGGUGGACGCAGAGGACCACUGCCGCAUGAAGCCUGGGCCCCGGCGGGUGGAGGGGGACAGCCGGGCUGGGGCUGGGGGCGAAGCCUCAGACCCCGAGUCGGCUGCCUCCUCGCUCAGUGGGGCAUCUGAAGAAGGCAGUGCCAGUGAGAGGAAGCGGCAGAGGCAGAAGGGAAGUGCCAGUCGGAGGCGCCUCGGGAAGCCCAAGGCCCGGGAGAGGCAGCGGGUGAAGGACGCCGAUGGGGUCCUCUGUCGCUACAAGAAGAUCCUGGGCACCUUCCAGAAGCUGAAGAGCAUGUCUCGGGCUUUCGAGCACCACCGCGUGGACCGGAACACGGUGGCGCUGACCACGCCCAUCGCAGAGCUGCUCAUCGUGGCGCCUGAGAAGCUGGCGGAGGUGGGCGAGUUCGACCCUUCCAAGGAGCGUCUGCUCGAGUACUCCCGCCGCUGCUUCCUGGCGCUGGACGACGAGACGCUCAAGAAGGUGCAGGCGCUCAAGAAAAGCAAGCUGCUGCUGCCCAUCACCUACCGCUUCAAGCGGUGAUGCUGCCGCUGCCCGCGGCGGACCCUCCGCUCCCCGGCGCGGUCCAGGCGCGCGUCCCUGCAUCAGGCCUGUCUCUCGCCUGCCUGCCAGGGCUGUCACCUGUUUCACCCGACUGCGCGGGGGCCGGCCUCAUUCCACGUGAGACAGAAUUAUUCAGAGCAUUUAAAUUAAAGAGACGUGAAAAUUUGGAA